GAAGUCCGAGCUCGUGAGCUGGUCACGUGACUGUUUUCCUGCCAGGGCAGUAAAUAUCAGGCGAGCUAGGCUAGCAGCACAGCAGGUACAGAACCACAGACGGACCGUGUCUGUGUCUGUGACAGAGGGAGCAGCACAGACCAUGUCUUUAACUUGAACGGUUUACGGUCCAACGUCUGUUCUGUCCACGGGAGAUGACCCGGCAGCUCCGCUUUGUGUCGUAACGGGAAUCUGACAGGUUAGCUUCACGCUAGCGAGCCGAGUUAGCGUCUAGAGAAGGGGCUGUGGUUGCUGGUGACUAUGCAAGGAGAAACCACGGGGAUCCGACUCCCGGAGAACGAGGGCAAGCUGGAUGUAUUUCCCCAGAACAGGACUCCAGGCUCGGGGAGAGCGAGCGGCAAAGGCUGGCAGUAUAGUGACCACAUGGAGAAUAUCGAUGGCUACCUGAUGAAGUACACCAACCUUGUAACAGGAUGGCAAUACAGAUUCUUUGUCUUAAACAACGAGGCGGGCUUGCUCGAAUACUUCGUCAAUGAGCAGUCGAGGCCCCAGAAGCCACGAGGCAUGCUCCCCCUGGCAGGGGCCGUCAUCUCCCCCAGCGACGAGGACUCGCACACCUUCACGGUCAACGCCAUCAGUGGGGAGCAGUACAAGCUCAGGGCCACUGACGCCAAAGAGAGGCAGCACUGGGUGAGCAGACUGCAGAUCUGCACCCAGCACCACACAGAGGCCAUGGGGAAGAGUAAUCCCCCACCCAAGUCCCGCAGCUACUCCAUGGCGUCUCAAGGCAGCGGCAGCUCCCCCAUGUCAGUACGCCGACCCAGCCAAAACCCCGGCAACUUAUUCGGCUGGUCGCAGGUCAACAAGGGCUCAUCACUCUACUCCAGUAAGAGGUCCCUGCUGCCGGACCACCUGAUGGACGCCAGAGAGAUGAUGAGCCAGGCCCAGGGCCAGCACAGAGACCUGAUCCAGAGCAUCGAGGGCCUGCCUGCAGCCCCCGGCCUCUCCCCUCUCGACCAGGAUCUGCUGAUGCUCAAGGCCACCUCCAUGGCCACCAUGAACUGCCUCAACGAGUGCCUGCACAUCCUGCACCUGCAGCAGGUGGCCCGGCAGAGAGGCUCCCUGGGAGGACCCACCAUUGAGUGGUUGGAGCCCAAACUACCCGACAUCCUGAAGAACGGCAGCAGUUCCCUGGGCAGCUACACGACAGGGGAGGGCGCGCUGGAGGGGAGCCGCCUGGAACUGAGCAGCCCCGAGUCCUGCAGCUUCUCUGGGGAACAGGAAGACAUCGAUGCAGAGGAUGAGGCAGAGGACUGCUUCACGGACAAGGAGGAGGACCUGGGCGCUGUGGAGGAGGAGCGCAGCGUUAUCCUACACCUGUUGUCCCAGCUGAAGCUCGGCAUGGACCUCACGCGGGUGGUCCUGCCGACCUUCAUCCUAGAGAAGCGCUCCCUGCUGGAGAUGUAUGCCGACUUCAUGUCACACCCGGACCUCUUUGUGGCCAUCACCGACGGCAGCAGCCCGGAGGACCGCAUGGUCCGGUUCGUGGAGUACUACCUCACCUCCUUCCACGAGGGCCGCAAAGGCGCCAUCGCCAAGAAGCCCUACAACCCCAUCAUCGGCGAGACCUUCCACUGCUCCUGGAAGGUACCCAGGAGACCGGGGGCCUCACACGGCGAACCACAGGACCCCUACCAAUUGCGCUUUGUGGCCGAGCAGGUGUCCCACCAUCCCCCUGUGUCCGGCUUCUACGCUGAAUGUCAGGAGAGGCGGAUGUGUGUGAACACACAUGUGUGGACCAAGAGCAAGUUCAUGGGGAUGUCUAUCGGGGUGUCCAUGAUCGGGGAAGGUUGUCUUUAUUUGCUGGAGCACGAUGAAGAGUACACGUUCACGCUUCCUUGUGCAUACGCCCGCUCCAUCCUCACAGUCCCUUGGGUGGAGCUGGGGGGUAAAGUCAACAUCAGCUGUGCUAAGUCUGGAUAUUCGGCAGUCAUCACUUUUCAGACGAAACCGUUUUAUGGUGGCAAAUUACAUAAGGUAACGGCGGAGGUGAAGCACAACACCACCAACGCGGUGGUGUGUCGUGUACAGGGUGAGUGGAACGGUGUUUUGGAGUUCAGCUACACAAGCGGAGAGACGAGGGUGGUCGACGUUACCAAGCUGCCGGUCACGAGGAAGAGUGUUCGGCCAGUUGAGAAGCAGGGGCCAACUGAAUCCAGGCGCCUGUGGCAGCACGUGACUGAGUCCUUGCGGGAGAAGGACAUCGAAAAAGCCACAGAGCACAAGAGGCUUCUGGAGGAGAGGCAGCGGACAGAGGAGAGGCACCGCGCAGAGACCGAAACCCCCUGGAGGACCAGAUACUUUGACCGAGAGGGUGAAGGUUGGGUCUAUCACAAACCACUUUGGAAAAACUCUGCAUUCAAAUCCUAGUUUCUUCACUACGUAUCUUGGAUGUUGUAGAUUCAGGAAUGUGUGUGUCUGUGUGUCUGUGAGUGAGUGUGGUUGACAGUUAUGAAAUGAAAGCACGACCUGCACUGACGUACAAACGAAUGCAACAUGGGGAGACGGACAGAGAGACGGCAUGGUUGAAGGUGUUCUCGAAUCUCACUCAUGAAGUUUCACGAAGCCUCGGAGUACAAGCUUUUGUACUGCGGAUCAGUUUGUUUCUUUUUUUUUAUAAUCCAAUGUCAAUGGAAACAUAUUCUUGUACAGGUAACGGUACUCUAUUUACACAGCCUUAAGAUAGUCUGACGAAUGAUGCUCUUAGUUUGGGUUCUGCUGAUCAACCUGGAUGUGAUUCUUCUUCUUUCUUUGAGUUAUAGUGACGUUUGAGGAGUUUCUUUCUAAAAUAAGACAUCCGACAACAACAUAACAAAAACUUAAUUGGAAUACUGCCUGAUAAAUGUAAUGCUGUGAAACUUGUUGUAAAGCAACCUGGAAACUUUGCUUCAGAUCAGAGUCAUUCUCAGCAACAUUAAACAUUCUGACUAAAUAAGCAGGUUAGUGUUUUAACAGUCAAAAACUCAAAAAUGUUUAUUCCCGAUGAACAUCUGAGGAAAAAAAAAAUCAAAAAUCGCGUCCAACUUUGGCAGAAUCUUUCAUUUUCAUGUAGGAACUUGUCACUUCUAAGAUUUCAGGGCCUUUCAACCACGAAACAAACGGUUCACCCGCUGUUAUCAAGUAUGUUUACAUGCACACAAUAUCUUGAUCUCAUCAUCUUAUGGCAAUACUUUUAAUCAGACAUUUAUAUGAUACAAAUGGAUUUCUUUUUAGGAAUUUGUCGGACACUUCUACAUCUGCAAGGAGUGAAAAACAUGUUUGAAUAUGUAGGAUGAAAAAAAGACUGUCACUCUCAUGUCUAGCUGAAGCUUAGCUUAGUAUAAGGAUGUGGAUUGUAGACACUCAUCUCCUUGAUUGAAUAUCCAAGCGUCCUUGCACCCUGGGGCAGGGUUAGGGUUAGGGAAGGCUUUUUUUUUUUUUUGUCUGGGGUACAUGGGAGCGCAGCAGGUAACCGGCCACGCUUAUGGGGCUGAGAUUAGCAUAGCAUAAAGACUGGCAACAGUCUGUCCAAAUUUAAACCUAUAAAGCUCACUGGUUAAACAAGUACGAGUUCAAGUCGGCUUUAUUGUCAGUACUGCAAUCUGUACAUACAGAGAAUUGAAAUUGCGUUACUCUCUGUCCAAACAGCACUAAACAUGAAAUACAAAAUAUAAGUGAAGAGAGUUUGUGGGGGCAGCGGGCGGAGAAGGAAGGGGGGGCAGUACUAGGAGGGAGUUCAGCAUCUUGAUGGCCUGGUGCAUGAAGCUGUCUCUCAGUCUGCUGGUUCUCGCCCGGAGGCUCCUCAUUCUCCUCCCGGAAGGCAGGAGGCUGAAAAAUUGCUGCACAUGGCCAAGAAAUUGUCAGGCACUUUCCCCUGUUUCCUGUCUUUAUGCUAAGCUAAGCUAACUACAUACCGGCUGUAGCUUCACAUUGAAGAGAUGGAUAUAAGAGUGCUAUCGUUCUUAUUUUAGUCUCAAAGUGUUGAUCUUCUCUCUUUUGUGAAUUACACUAAUAUUACUUUUAACUACUUAUUUGAGAUGCAGUCCCCCCCCCCAACAAAAACUGCAGCCUACAACUCCCAUAAUGCAACGCUGUGGACACUGUGGCCCAUUUCACACUCCAGUUUGUGUUGCAGGCUUUCUGUUACAAAUUUGAAGCCUCUGACCUCAAGAGGGGGAUAACCCUGAUGAUAGUAAGACAUCACCAGGGUUACAUGUCAGAGUUGAGCAGUUGAGGCUGAUUAUGACUUAAUUUGUGACGGUAUUGCUAUAUCACUGUAUAUUGACUCAGUCACACUGCUCGAAUGGCAUGUUGUAGACUAGCUGACAAAUAACCAAAUUUAAAAUUAUAAAACAAUGAUUGAGUCACAUGUGAAUGAAUCUAAAGAUUGCUACCCCACCUCCACCGUUCAUGUCUGUUUUUAAUUUGAACUCUGCGGGUUUGCAGUGGAUGGUUAAAUUCCUACAUGCAUGAAUGCUAAGUCUCUCAGUUCAUAUUGAUUGAAGUAUACUACUCCUGUGUCUGCAUUACUUAAAUUUCUAAAUGUCUCUCGUUGAAGCUUUUAACCAAAUUUGCUUGUUUUGUAAUGCAAAUAAAUAUUUUCUUCGAAUGCGUGUUUAACCCCCAUCUUGCGCUUUAAUUGCUCUUAUUUUUAGAGCCACUUUUUUGUAAAGACGUUCUGUUCUGUUGUUUUUCCAAUCUACUAUACUGUGACGUACACGUGAUGAACCUUAUUUUGUCUUUUCGCACCCUCCUUGAACUAAAUUUUAGCCUCACACUCUCAGAGCCUCCCAGUAUCAAGGACAAAGUUCCUGCUCUCUACAGAAAGAGGAAAUCCACCCUGCCAUUGAUAAGCUACUCCCUCCACAUCUCGGUGCCUUAUGCAAACUCUUUCUGUGUGUGUCUUCCGGCUAAGGAGCACGGCAUUUUCAUCAGUUAUGUAUGUAUAAUUUGUGUGUGUGUGUGUGUGUGUGUGUGUUUUCUUUUUAAUAACCGGUGCCCGAUGUUGAGAGAUGUCGAUGAAGCACUUUUAUUCUCUGUUUUGGUCUUUUGGUUGUUUUGGAUUCUACUGGUUGUCUUGUUGACCUAUGAAAUGCACUGACAUUGAAGGAAACACGAUGUGGAAGAAAUGGACAUGUGUGACAAUAAUCAAAUAAAUUGCGUAUCAGUUGUA